CCUGACUCUCAUGUGUCUAACAAACAUGAAUAUAUUGAUAACCGAACUAGGUAUCUAUAUAUAACGUACCUACCUAGCUGUCGUUUGGUAAGGGAUAACCUUCAGAAGUUCAGGCUCAGUUCACCUUUCUAUAUAAAGAUAAUGAGCAUAUAUCCCAAAUCCAAGCAAUAGAAACGUGAAGUCAUCAACAAGCAUACCCACUCACACACAUACACACGCUUUCAAGUCACAUUCUACUCUACCCCUUUCCUACACAAUGAAGACCACUUCAUUCUUCUCCCCCCUAUCCACCAUCCUCCUCCUCGGAGCGAUCUAUCCAACUUAUGCCGCGGUCCUCCCUCGCGACGAUGCCUCCACGAUCACCAACUUCGGCAGGAUAGGAAUCUGCAUGUCCUACCUCGGGGCCGGUCCCUUAGACAAGGAGCUCGCUCCGUGCAAGACCUGGUGUCCCACGCAAAACGCGAACCAAGAUCCUAACGCCGUCGGAUGCCAAGGCCCCAACAUACCACAAGACCAACUCGACCCAAGCACAAUCGAAAAAGACGACGACGGGAACCUCUGGACAUCCGGCACCUGCGUGUGCGACCUACCGCUCGCCGGCGCGAUCAUCGACGUCGUCAUCCAGGGUCUAUCCAAGCUCGACAACGUCAUCUGCGCCGUGAUGCUCUCAGCGGUCGUCACCCUCGUCGAAGAAGGCAUCGACAAGGUUCCCGGCGGCUCAUCCGUCCAAGCAGUCCAGAAAGCCGUCGAAGGCGCCAAGACGUUUAUCGAGAACGGGCUUGAUGCCGUUUCGUUCUUUGGAGACUGGAUUGGCAAGAGCUGUGGCGUUUCGGAUUUUAAUUUCAAUCUGGACGAUAUCUUCGAUGGGUUAAGUGGAGAACCGGACUCCCUGGGUGAGAGUAAGGGGUGCUUUAAGGCAAACAAGAUGUGCACGAAGCCCUAGAUAUUUUGGGUUAAGUUUGGCGAUAUGGAUAGAUUUAUGGGAUUUCUGGGUAGAGCAUUGGUGGGGCAUGGUUCGGAAUUGGUUGCAUCUAGGGAUAGGAGCAUUUGAGGCAAGGCAUCUUUGGCAUAGGGACGGAGUUUAGCGAUACUGGGUGUGUUCAGUCGUUGCAUGUUUGAAUAUUUAGAUUAAAUAGGAGGAUACCUACCUAGGUAUUGAAACUACCAUGGGCCUUCAUAUGGGCCAUCUCAAUCGUUAUGUUGAUGACUUUAGG